AUGGUCUACAUGUGGUGGUGUGAGGAGGUGGUGUGGGACAAGAUGGUCUACAUGUGGUGGUGUGAGGAGGUGGUGUGGUACAAGAUGGUCUACAUGUGGUGGUGUGAGGAGGUGGUGUGGUACAAGAUGGUCUACAUGUGGUGGUGUGAGGAGGUGGUGUGGUACAAGAUGGUCUACAUGUGGUGGUGUGAGGAGGUGGUGUGGUACAAGAUGGUCUACAUGUGGUGGUGUGAGGAGGUGGUGUGGUACAAGAUGGUCUACAUGUGGUGGUGUGAGGAGGUGGUGGUGUGGUACAAGAUGGUCUACAUGUGGUGGUGUGAGGAGGUGGUGUGGUACAAGAUGGUCUACAUGUGGUGGUGUGAGGAGGUGGUGUGGGACAAGAUGGUCUACAUGUGGUGGUGUGAGGAGGUGGUGUGGUACAAGAUGGUCUACAUGUGGUGGUGUGAGGAGGUGGUGUGGUACAAGAUGGUCUACAUGUGGUGGUGUGAGAAGGUGGUGUGGUACAAGAUGGUCUACAUGUGGUGGUGUGAGGAGGUGGUGUGGUACAAGAUGGUCUACAUGUGGUAG